AACGUUGAAAAUCAAGUCUGUUUUGUAGAAACAUGUUAUCAAGUCGCAGGAAUAGACGCUGCGUAAAAUAAUAACUGCAUUAUCUACCAAAAAUGUUUUAUUUCAUGUCAUUUACUAGACUUUUAGAACAUUUUCCAGUGUCCGUUACCUUACUGUAUUCAGCUUUUUACCAGUUAUUUUUCAACACUGUUUUCUGAGAUUUAUUUAAUCUUAACGUCAUCUGUUUUCUCAUCAAAGACUUUCCCUUAGUUCAAAUAUCUGUUUACAGGUGUAUACAUGUGCCUUUUACUUUACUUUAUUUGACUUUCUUUUGUAUGUGUACCAUUCUUAUCUUUUUAUAUAUAUAUGUAUAUAUAUAUAUAUAUAUAUAUUGUGGAUACAAGCGUUGGUGUUGACUGUGUUUAUUCCUUGUGUCAAAAAGUGUGUGUGCAGGUGUGUGUAUACCUGUAGUGGAGGAUAGCUGUCACCCGGGAGACGUUGCUUUUUCCCUCGUCGUCAUGAUAACAGAUGCUAGGAAGACACCUGGUGAGAUGAAGGGGAAAAGGGAGAGCGUACACACACACACACACACACAGCCGUUCAACCAUCACCAGAACAAGCACUGUGAUUGCCGCUCCGUUCAUCUGGAGCGUUCUCCUCCUGAUGGGAAUUACUGGUGAAGGGAUGGAGCAAGAGAGGGGUGUGUAGAGACUGACACACACACACACACACACACACACACACUUAAUACAAGCAUGCAGUUAUGUAAGGCCUCGGCCUGUCAAUUAACCGUAUUGGAUUCCCUCCCCUGCCAGCUACCGUAGGAAGGGGGUGGAUCUCACACACACACACACGUGGCUCGUCACGCGGGUUCACACACACACAACUUGUUUUGGUCAAUGCAGCCUGCUUUGCACGUGUGAUCCGGGUUACUCUUGAGUGUGUGUGUGGGGGGCGGUUUAUGUCCAUAUGGUUGCUUUGGCAUACAUCUCGCUUUCAGAUGACAGGGAUUAAAAAUGAUCCAAUGGGCUGAGAGUGUCAGAUUCAAAGGGGAGAGAGGAAGAGGGAUGGAGAGGAGGACAUUAUGAGCCAAAGCGUGCGUGCGUGUAGUGUUAGUGAAAGAUGCUGUGGAAAGUUGCCUAAUUUCUGCUCAGGCUCAGUGCCACUGUUUUGCAGCUGCAGUGUUUUUUGUGUACAUUUUUUCGGGAUAAAGUAUCCCUCCUCAAAUCCCUCUGUCCUGAUCAAACAUCCUCUCUCACACACUGCCCCGUAUUUAUAGGUGUCUUUUUACUGCAGGUAGUACACUUGACAGUUUGGUGUAAAGGAGAAGCAGCAGGGGGGGGAAGAGAAGAGGGAGGCGAGAUGUGAGGACAGAGAGAAACAGAGACGGGGGGUGGGAGGUGCGUUGCAUAACAGUCGAUUUGGACACUCGAUACUGCAUCAGGGUGUUCAAUACUGAGCUGCAGGGCCGUGGCAGAGAUUUUCAUCGCCCCCUAACACCCAAACGCACCCCUACUGUCACCAUUCCUCCUCCUUGUUUUUGUUUUGGUUGGAUCGUACCACGUUGGGAUUUCAGAGGGACUUACGAUGGCAGCACAACAUGUCCCGCUUUCCCUGACGCUUGUUCCGUUUGCCCACGCGUCCUUUUCACGCCCACUCCCCUGGCUGCAUCCACCGAGCCUUUGCUACCCACAAUGCUUCGGGAGAUCCGACAUGGGCUCGUGUCAUGUGUAUCCACAACCAGAGGCCUCCCCUCCUGGCACACACUUGAAACCCCCCCCUUUGUGGCAUGUGGAGGUAAUAGCUGUUGGGUGACUCAGCGAAUGAGCAGUGUCUUGGAGCUUUGAAGGCGUUUAAGAAAAGCUCUGUAGUUGGCGGAGAGUGUGUGUGUGAGGGAAACACAAGCAUGACAUCCCAUUGGCACCACUUACCUAAACACAAAAAAAAAUCAACACCUACAAGCACAAACACAGUCCAACUGUCUCGUACUCAAGUGCAGCAUGCCAUCAAAUGUCCUAUACAGGGACGCUGAACUUCCAGUACUCUUAUUCGGGAACAACCAUGAAUUAUUACCCCUCUGAAACCCCACAGUCCAUUCUUCUCGGACUUUAAUUAUUGAAGGAGUCAAAGUGGUUAAAGUGUAAAAAUAACAGGCCAGUGUUUAAUGGUUGGGAUAAAUGGUGUUGAGCCCGCAUGGGGCUAUUUGGGAUUGUUGCAUUUUUUAUUUUGCAAGAUACAAUGUGUUUCUCCGCCUCUCCAGAUGAUUCAUGAGGAUUCUGAUGGACUUGCAGAGUCUUAAUAGUCUCCCUGUUUCCUGUGCUGAGGUAAUGGGAAACACUCCAGUGACAGCAUUGUUCAGGUCUCUCUCCUCCAGCACUUGACUUGAUUUGAGGAAGAGAGGGAGCGAGGGAGGGAGAGAGAAGAGGGGGGUGGAGGAGUGGUGAUUGAGCGCAAAGGGGGCAGGACUUUUUCUCUCCGGGUCCUAUUAAGAGCAAACUUUGUGUUUUUGUUCUCCAAGUUCAGCUCAGUGCUCUCCAGCCUGCACACAGGUCCUCUCUGCUGCUCUCUUUCCUUGUUUUUUUUUUUUUUGUUCCUCAAUGGUUUUGUCUGCUCGCUUCUCGGUUACUACUGUGUGUGUGUGUUUUCACUGGGGGAUCUGGACACCGUGAAGAUGCGCUUUUUUGUGGAGGAACAAAUACUCAAAGUUGUCUCUUCGGACGGUCCGGGCUCUUGUUAGUGGAUACAUAGAUGUGUUUCGGGUUGGAAUGAACAAUGGUGCGGAUCCUUGGUGCUCUGGUCGAGGGCAUGCUCUGCUUUCGGCUACUGUUGCUGUGCGUCGUGGAGUUGGAGCUGGGAGCAGGUCUCUCUACUUUCCAGGGUUUCUAUCUUCCACCUGCGAACGGGUCUCUCCUCACACCUGCCCGGAGGACUGACGGGGUGGUGCGGAACAUUGACCGGAUUUACCACGGGGGAGGGAAGGUGGGCUACCUGCUGUACCUGGACGGGAGCCGCUUCCAGCUGGACAUGGAGAGGGACGAGUCGGUGCUGUCGCAUCACUUCGGCCCCCAGUCUGUGCUCGCUCUGAUGGGGGACGCGCCUUUGCAGCGGGAGUGCGCGUACCGCGGGACGGUGGACUCCAACGCGGAGUCCCUGGCGGUCUUCAACCUUUGUGGCGGGGGGCUCGAGGGAUUCUUCGCCGUGGACCACGCACGCUACACCAUCACGCCAAUCGUAAGGGCGCGGGGACACGAGCAUGACGCACGCGUGCUGCAGGACAAGGACGCAGAGAACGCGCUCCACGUUUUCACGCGCGAGAGUUUCAGCUUCGAGGCCAUGAGUGAGGGGCGCGAGAGCUGCGGGACCCGAGACAGGGGGAGAGGACGCCGGGAUGCGAAGAAGAUACGCCGGGACAGAGGGGUAAGGAGGGAGAGAGAGAGGCGCGCGCAGGAAAGCGCAAAUAACCAUGGCGCGCGGAGCAAGAGGUCGGUGUCUCGCGCCAGGCACGUGGAGCUGCUGCUGGUGGCCGACGACACCAUGACCCGGAAGUACGGGACGGACCUGAACCACUACCUGCUCACUCUGGCCUCCAUAGCAUCCAAGCUGUACGGGCACGCGAGCAUCGAGAACCCCAUCCGGCUGUCCGUGGUGAAGGUGCGCGUGCUCAGCGACAAGGAGAAGGGGCUCGAGGUGACCAAGAACGCGGCGGCGACCCUGAAGAGUUUCUGCAGGUGGCAGAACCAGCAGAACCAGCGAGACGACGAGCACCAGGACCACCACGACGCUGCCAUCCUCUUCACCAGGCAGGACCUGUGUGGCCACCACUCCUGCGACACGCUAGGCAUGGCGGACGUGGGCACCAUCUGCUCCCCUGAGAGGAGCUGCGCCGUCAUUGAGGACGACGGGCUUCACGCUGCGUUCACUGUCGCCCAUGAGAUAGGCCACCUGCUCGGUUUGUCCCACGAUGACUCCAAGUUCUGCGAGGAGCGCUUCGGUGUGAACAGCGACAAGCGGCUCAUGUCUUCCAUCCUCACCUCCAUCGACGCCUCCAAACCCUGGAGCCGCUGCACCUCGGCCACCAUCACGGACUUCUUCGACGAUGGCAACGCCGAGUGUCUCCUGGACUCCCCCCACUCGCCCCUCUUGGGCCCCGAGGAACUCCCGGGCCAGAGCUACGACGCCGUCCGCCAGUGCCGCCUCGCCUUCGGCCCCGAGUACACCGUGUGCCCGGGGAUGGACGUGUGCGCCCGCCUGUGGUGCGCCGUGAUCCGCCAGGGCCAGAUGGUGUGUCUGACCAAGAAGUUGCCGGCCGUGGAGGGGACGCCCUGCGGGAAGGGACGCAUUUGCCUGCAGGGGAAGUGUGUGGACAAGACCCGCAAGAGACACUACUCGGCGUCCAACCACGGCAGCUGGAGCUCCUGGGGUCCUUGGGGCGGCUGCACCAGGACGUGCGGAGGCGGGGUGCAGUUCGCCCAGCGCCUGUGCAACAACCCGCCGCCGCGCAACAACGGGCGCUACUGCACGGGGAAGAGAGCCAUCUAUCGGUCCUGCAGCGUGACACCAUGCCCGCCAGCCAUUAAGAGUUUCCGGCUGGAGCAAUGUGAGGUGCGCAACGGCCCCCAGACAGAUCCUAAAGGGGUGAAGACGUUUGUUGAGUGGGUGCCGAAGUACGCCGGGGUCCUGCCUAAAGACGUGUGCAAGCUGACCUGCAGGGCGAAAGGGACGGGAUACUACGUGGUGUUCUCUCAGAGGGUGGUAGAUGGGACCGAGUGUCGUCCGUACAGCAGCUCGGUGUGCGUGAAAGGGAAGUGUGUGCGGACGGGCUGCGACGGCAUCAUCGGCUCCAAGCUGCAAUUUGAUAAGUGUGGUAUAUGUGGGGGCGACAGCACGGGAUGUAUACGAGUGGUUGGCAACUACACCAAGAAGAGUAAGGGCUACACUGACGUGGUGAAGAUCCCGGCAGGCUCCACCCACAUUAAGGUCCGUCAGCACAAGGCGAAGGACCAGACGCGCUACACCGCCUACUUGGCCCUGCGCCGGCCCAGCAACGAGUACCUCCUCAACGGCAAGUUCAUGAUCUCCACCUCCGAGACGAUCAUCCCCCUCAACGGCUCUGUGCUCAACUACAGCGGCUGGAGCCAGAGGGACGAGUGGCUCCACAGCAUGGGGCCCGGGGCGCUUCAGGAAGCCUUAGUGGUGCAGAUCCUAGCGACGGAUGCUAAGAAGCCGCUGGAUGUUCGCUACAGCUUCUUCAUGCCACGCCGGACUGCUCCACAGCUAUCCAGCCCGAAGUCCAUCCCUACUCAGAGCACCACCACCACCAGUAGCACCACUACAACUUCCUCCACUCCUAAAGUCCUGGUCCCAACGGCUUCAGGUCCCUCCACCCCAACCCCGGGGCCCCACUGGGUGACAGGGUCCUGGAUGAGCUGCUCCAGGACUUGUGACACUGGCUGGCAGAGCCGGACUGUGCAGUGUAAGGACCAGGAAGGGAAACUAUCCAAGGGCUGCACGUUAGGGGUCCGACCCUCCGCCUUCAAACACUGUCUGGUGAAGAAAUGCUGAGGCUUCGGGAGGGGGGGAACUAUUCGUAGGACGUUUAAAGGUCUCGAGUUCUUGGUGUCGGACUCCUUAAACAGGACUGUGAAUGACACAGAGACUCUGGAUGUACCUGACUAUGUGCCAGGGGAGUGUCCUGGAAUCGUAGUAGCUAUGCAGUAGUGACGCGCCCCGCCGGGACAGACUGAAAGUGCAUGUCGUUUCCACAUGGACAGAAACUGAUUGUCUUUACUACGACCUCCAAACCCUGGGGGCUCAGUGUGUGUUGCCCUGUAAUGGCAUGUCGUGUUUUUGUUAUGGUAUUCCAUGUGUUCUGAUCACUGUGGGGAUUCGGAAGUCGCUUCCAUUUGUCCGAGCGAACGAUAAGGAUUGGGAUGGACAGACAUCGUUGUGAGCUUGCCGUCAUUUGUGCCGAAUGUCCCACAUCGGUUUUACUGCCUCUCUAGUACCUGAAAAGCUUGUAAAAUGAGUCUGGAUGGUGGAGACAAGGUGUCUUUUUCCAUCUUUCAAUCAACUACCAAUAUUCUUCCCGUAAAAGAUUAUUUAUGAGCCACUCAGUGACAGAAAUGUCCAACUUACAGGAGUUAUAUAUGAUGAUCCUGGAUGAGGGCUACCCAUAUGCCCCGACUAUAAGCGCUCUGCGUUUGUAUUUGAACGAUCUGUCCAGCUGAAACCGAGAAGCAGCAAAGAAAGAGGUUUAAAAUGACUCACAGGCUUGGGGUUGUGUGUGUGUGUGUGUGUGUCUGUGUGUCUGUGUGUGUGUGUGUGUGUGUGUGUGUGUGUGUGUGUGUGUGGGUGUGUGUGUGUGUGUGUCUGUGUGUGUGUGUGUGUGUGUGUGUGUGUGUGUGUGUGUGUGUGUGUGUUUCAUAUACCCUGGCCUGUGUUUAUGCACAUGCAGUAUGUACCGCCAACAUGUGCGUCUUGAAGCGUCUUCACUCUCAGUUCUGAUGGUAUCAGUCACUAUGCCGGUGCUGGGAGCUUAACGACCCUCAUGUUUUAUUGUGGGGGGGUCAAUAUCUGUUUGUUUGUCUGUUUAGCUGUUUAGGAAGCAAUGCUUAUAUGACAAUGUGUGCCCUGGAUACUCGCAACGACAGCAAGGGAGACGCUCACGCAGUGUCCUUUUGCAAUUCAACACUCAUUCUCUAUUUUAGUACACGCUGCAUCAUGUUUUUCAACUGUCGCCUGAAGGGUGGGGUUUGCCAUGUUACUACAGUCAGAUCGUGCCGCUGGAAGGAUUAUUUUUAAAAGGGUCCCCCUCGAAAGAUGAAUGAAUACUUCAAUUACUUCCGACAAUCCACAGACCUCACUGUUAACAAUAGCUUCUUGCUAAAGAGAUAGUCCCAGUUCCUUCUAGGAGACACUGAAUUGGGAAUGCUGUUGAUGGGAAAUAGUUGGACAUAUCUGGAAAUACGCCUAUUUAUUUUCUUGCCAAGAAAUAGUCGAGAAAAUUGACAACACACAUGCCUCUCCUUUUUAAAUAUGAAGCUACAGCAAGGAAACACUUAGCUUAGUUUACAGACUUGAAGCUAGGGGAAACAGCUAGCCUCGAUCCGUCCAAACAAAACAAAUACGGCUACAAACAUCUUUUAAUUAACACAUCAUAUGUUUUUUAAUAGUCUAUGAAGUGUAAUAGCGUCACUCAUCUGGCACCGGUUCAGGAGAACACAAACCAUAAGAUUAUUUUGGAGAUAAUACAUCAAUGGUCCAAAUACCACUCACACACAUUCUGAUGUAUUUACACAAUAUAGACAUUUUAUUCAACGAGUAGAUCUUUCAUAUAUCUAUAAGUAUUCAACCAUAUAUACACAGAAAUGUAUACAUACAAACACGUUGGAACAAUCCAUCGGUUGGAUCAAUUUCACACACACACACACACACACACUCUGACCCUUGCAGUGGAGAAACCCCUCUCGCUGAAUGACAGAAACACAGCACUGAACUUGUAAUUUAUUGUUUGUGUGAAUAAAAAAAAAACAACGAGAUGAGUUUUAUUUAUUAAAGUAAUUUUGUAUCAAAUUACUAUUGAACUUAGGAAUAUGACUGUGCAGAAUCAUUCCUUUGUGAGAAUAUAGUGUUUGUUUUCUAGCCAUCCACAUGAAUAUAUGUACAUAAAAUCUAUAUAUUUAAAUA